GGGCACUCGCUGUGGAGGCAAGCCGCGGCGCGCGGGCGGUUGGUCCAGUUCUCGGGCCUGGAGGUAGGCGAGUCUGGCUUGUCGCUGUCGGCUACUUGGGGUGAGCGGAAAGCAUGGCGGGGACCUCUGCGCCAGGCAGCAAGAGGCGGAGCGAGACCCCGGCGCCUCGCCCCGGCCCGCCGCCGGGCACCGGGCACCCUCCGAGCAAGCGGGCCCGGGGCUUCUCCGCGGCCGCUGCCCCGGACCCUGACGACCCGUUUGGCGCGCAUGGGGACUUCACUGCCGACGACCUGGAAGAGCUUGACACCCUCGCGUCACAGGCCCUGAGCCAGUGUCCGGCCGCGGCUCAGCACGUGUCCAGUGAUCAUAAGGUCCACAGAUUAUUAGAUGGCAUGUCAAAAAAUCCUGCAGGGAAAAACAGAGAAAGUGUUCCAAUUAAAGAUAAUUUUGAAUUAGAGGUACUUCAAGCACAAUACAAAGAACUGAAAGAAAAGAUGAAAGUAAUGGAAGAAGAAGUUCUCAUUAAGAAUGGAGAAAUUAAAAUUUUGCGAGACUCACUACAUCAGACGGAAUCUGUUCUAGAGGAACAGAGAAGAUCACAUUUUCUUCUUGAGCAAGAGAAAACCCAAGCACUCAGUGACAAAGAAAAGGAAUUCUCCAAAAAGCUCCAAUCAUUGCAGUCUGAACUCCAGUUUAAAGAUGCAGAGAUGAAUGAAUUAAGGACAAAGCUCCAGACCAGUGAACGCGCAAAUAAACUGGCUGCUCCCUCUGUUUCCCAUGUCAGUCCUAGGAAAAACCCUUCUGUGGUUAUAAAGCCAGAAGCAUGUUCUCCACAAUUUGGAAAAACAUCUUUUCCUACAAAGGAGUCUUUUAGUGCUAACAUGUCCCUUCCCCACCCCUGCCAGACAGAGUCAGGAUACAAGCCUCUGGUGGGCAGAGAGGAUAGUAAGACCCACAGUCUGAGAGGUGACUCCAUAAAACAAGAAGAGGCCCAAAAAAGCUUUGUUGACAGCUGGAGACAGAGAUCAAACACUCAAGGUUCCAUUUUGAUAAACCUGCUCCUGAAGCAGCCUUUGAUCCCAGGGUCAUCCCUAAGCCUGUGCCACCUCCUGAGUAGUAGUUCUGAGUCUCCUGCUGGCACCCCCCUGCAGCCACCAGGGUUUGGCAGUACCUUGGCUGGAAUGUCAGGCCUCAGGACCACAGGUUCUCAGGAUGGGUCAUUUUCCCUCUCAGCCCUGAGAGAAGCACAGAACCUGGCAUUCACUGGACUGAAUUUGGUUGCCAGGAAUGAGUGCUCACAUGAUGGAGACCCAGCAGAGGGAGGCAGAAGGGCCUUCCCACUCUGCCAACUUCCUGGAGCCGUGCAUUUCCUCCCCCUCGUACAGUUCUUCAUCGGCUUACACUGCCAGGCCCUGCAGGACUUGGCAGCUGCUAAGAGAAGUGGAGCACCUGGGGACUUACCGACACAUUCCUCCCGCGUGAGCUCUGGGGUAGAGACCAACCCUGAGGACUCAGUGUGCAUCCUGGAAGGCUUCUCUGUGACUGCACUUAGCAUUCUUCAGCACCUAGUGUGCCACAGCGGAGCAGUGGUCUCCCUAUUACUGUCACAAGUUGGGGCAGAUUCUGCUGCUGGGGAAGGAAAUGGGAGCUUGGUUCACAGGUUUAGUGAUGGAGAUAUGACCUCAGCCCCAAGGGGGGUUGCUGAUGACCAAGGACAGCACCCACUGUUGAAGAUGCUUCUUCACCUGUUGGCUUUCUCUUCUGCAGCAAUAGGUCACCUUCAAGCCAGUGUCCUGACCCAGUGCCUUAAGGUUUUGGUGAAAUUAGCCGAAAACACUUCCUCUGAUUUCUUGCCCAGGUUCCAGUGUGUGUUCCAAGUGCUGCCAAAGUGCCUCAGCCCAGAGACACCCCUGCCUGGCGUGCUGCUGGCUGUUGAGCUCCUCUCCCUCCUGGCGGACCACGACCAGUUGGCACCUCAGCUCUGUUCCCACUCAGAAGACUGCCUCCUGCUGCUGCUGUACAUGUACAUCACAUCACGGCCUGACAGAGUGGCCUCAGAGACACAAUGGCUCCAGCUGGAACAAGAGGUGGUGUGGCUCCUGGCUAAGCUUGGUGUGCAGAGCCCCUUGCCCCUAGUCACUGGCUCCAACUGCCAGUGUAAUGUAGAGGUGGUCAGAGCGCUCACGGUGAUGUUGCACAGACAGUGGCUGACAGUGCGGAGGGCAAGUGGGCCCCCAAGGACCGACCAGCAGAGGCGGACAGUGCGCUGUCUGCGGGACACGGUGCUGCUGCUGCACGGCCUGUCCCAGAAGGACAAGCUCUUCAUAAUGCACUGCGUGGAGGUCCUGCAUCAGUAUGACCAGGUGAUGCCAGGGGUCAGCAUGCUCAUCCGCGGGCUUCCUGACGUGACCGACUGUGAAGAGGCAGCCCUGGAUGACCUCUGUGCCGCGGAAACCGAUGUGGACGACCCCGAGUUGGAGUGUGGCUGAGGCCCUGAGUGCCCAGCCACAUGGUAGCACCAGCACCGUUCCUUUCCUUACCACAUCAACUGAUUAAAGCAGUGACCAGCAGGAACUGCCCAGAGAACCGGCUGGCCUUGUUUUCUGAGUCUGAUCUGUUUGGCAGAGUGGGAGGGGUGGAGCGGGACCGGGACCUUGAGUGGCUGGGAUCCUUCUUCCUGUCCCUGGCUGCUGCUGAGCCCCAGUCCCCAUGGUAACCGAUCUGCCUUGAGGAAGGAGCCCUGCCCUGCCUGUGGAAUUGCCCUGAGUCAUUGCUUUGGGCUGGGGCCAUGGGAAGAAACCAUUGUGUGGCAGGGAAGGAGGUGGCUCUUGGCCCAGGCCUAAACCCGGAAAGCCUGGAAAAGUGGGACCCACGGGUGGGCACGAGAGGGCUGCAGCAGGAGCUCCCAGCAGUGUGUAACACCGGGAGCUGGUCUGGCGCCACUGCGCUGGUCCUUCCAGCUGCCUGUCACUGGUGUGAUGGCCCGGUGCAUUGUGCCACCAGCAGGCCACAGCUGUGGAUCUUAGAAGGCCUCUGGGGUCCCCUGGGGGUGGGGAAGUGGGGGUUGGGGGGACGGAUGUUGGCGAGAGGGACAGACCAGACAGGCUGACGAGCAGGGCGGGCCUGGCUCACGUGGGCCUGUAGGCGGGCCCACACCAAGUUUCACUUCCCGCCACUGCUGCCAGCGAGAACCGUGGGGAGAGUGUGCAGCCAAGUCACUACUGCCUGCCUGCCUGCCUGCUAGGAGCUGGCUAUGCUGGGCCUCACGAGUGCUCUGGAUGGUGCCUUCUGUGUGGAUAGCAUCACUGCGCUGAAGGCCGUGGAGCGAGCAGGCAGCCCCUCAGAACACGGCCCAAGGAAGAGCUACAGCCUAGGCAGCAUCUACACACGCCUGUAUGGGCAGUCCCCUCCGGACUCGCACACGGCUGAGGGUGAUGUCCUGGCCCUGCUCAGCAUCUGUCAGUGGAGACCACAGGCCCUGCUGCGGUGGGUGGAUGCUCACGCCAGGCCCUUCAGCACCAUCAGGCCCAUGUAUGGGGUCACAGCCUCUGCUGGGACCAAGCCAAGACCAUCUGCUGUCACAGCCACUGCACACCUGGCCACAACCAGGAACACUAGUCCCAGCCUUGGAGAGAGAAGGCGACCCAAGGAUCUUCCUCCAGGGAAGGACCCUGGAGCCCUACCCAGGGAGGGGCUACUGGCACCACUGGGUCUACUGGCCGUCCUGACCUUGGCAGUGGCCACACUGUAUGGGCUAUCCCUGGCUGCACCUGGGGAGUAGGCCAAGAAGGAGAAUCUGAUGAAUAAAGACCCCCCCU